ACCAGAAUCCAGAAAAAUCAGCAGCAGCUCCCACUGCGCCAGCAUAUGAUUAUCUCUAUGAUAACACUGCAUCCAUGCGUGCACCACCCCCCACUUAUGAGCAAAGUCAACAGCAUUCAUCAGCUGCCACGGCGAUGCCCUUGCAUGUGCCUAGCAAUCAAUACUAUGGUAUGACGCAUCAUCAGCAACUGCCCGCGCAGAAUCCAGGAUAUAAUUAUGGUUUAGUGGGCCCAAGUACUUCGGUUGCCGCUGCACCACCCGUCUUAAGUAUGCAUGCGCGUGCAGAGCUGCGAACUACAGCAACGGGAGCAGUUUCCAUACCACCACCACCGCCUGGUUAUUUACCAACAGCCGCCCAACUUGCUGUCAUGCAGGGCAAGCCGGUGGUGGUGCAGCAAAAGAAGCGUUCAUUCUUCUAGGCUCCAAUAUAUUAAUUACCCGAAUGCUUUUUAGAGUUAUGCCAAUAAAUAAUAUUCGUUUCGUUCUCGCGUAUAUUUGAUUAUUCUCUAUGGACACAAACAUUUCGAGUUGACGAAAUCGUUGGAAACUAU